UUCUAACGCCAGUCAUUUCCACCACCACUUUUCUUCCCUGGAUCGCCUCCCCCCAAACCGUAGUCCACUUUCUUCUUCGCAAAGCGGACUCUCUCUCUCUCUCUCUCUCUCUCUCUCUCUCUAUUUUCGUCCCAUUUUCCAUGCCCUCCGAGCCUCGGAUCGGCGUCUCCUCACCUCUUCUCAGAUCGUAGCUUCGCUCUCGGUGCCGUGCGGAGUCAGGGAUCGCGUCUUAUUUGGAGAAAGGAACAUCGAUUGCCUAGGGUUUUCUUUGAAUCAAGGGUUUCGGAUCUGAUCCGGCCGCGCUAUGCUGUCGAAUCACAUACAGAACGGGAUCGAGACGGCGAGGCUCGUCUGGUCCCGGCUGCCGAACUCCGAGGAGGCGGAGGCGGAGGAAGAGGAGUUUGCGAGGAGGAGCAAUGGCGGCGCAGGGGUGGAGAGCCUUGAUUACGAGGUGAUCGAGAAUUAUGCCUACAGGGAGCAGCAGGCGCAGAGAGGAAAGUUGUGGCUUUGGUAUUAUGUAUGUCUUAAAUGGUUGUUUGCGUUACUUAUUGGAAUUGGCACUGGAUUAGCUGCUGUUUUUAUUAAUCUAGCUGUUGAAAACUUUUCUGGCUGGAAAUAUGCUGCGACUUUCUCUAUAAUACAACACUCAUAUUUUGCGGGUUUCGUGGUGUACAUAAUUUUCAAUUUGGGCUUGGUCUUUUCUUCUGUAUUUAUAGUCACACAUUUUGCACCAGCGGCAGCAGGAUCUGGUAUUCCUGAAAUUAAAGGUUAUUUAAAUGGAGUUGAUACACAUGGAAUCCUUCUUUUUAGAACAUUGAUUGGAAAGAUAUUUGGAAGCAUUGGCUCGGUUGGAGGUGGGCUUGCUUUAGGCAAAGAAGGACCUCUUGUCCAUACUGGUGCUUGUAUUGCUUCUCUUCUUGGACAAUGCGGAUCCACAAAGUAUCACCUAAGUUCAAGGUGGUUACGCAUUUUCGAGAGUGAUCGAGAUCGCCGAGACCUUGUAACCUGUGGAUGUGCAGCUGGAGUUGCUGCUGCCUUUAGAGCUCCUGUUGGUGGUGUACUCUUUGCCCUGGAAGAGGUUACUUCAUGGUGGAGAAGCCAGCUUAUGUGGAGAGUUUUCUUUACAUCUGCUGUUGUGGCUGUUGUGGUUCGGUCUGCGAUGGGCUGGUGCAAGAGUGGGAAAUGUGGACAUUUUGGUUCUGGUGGCUUCAUAAUUUGGGACAUAUCAGGUGGUCAAGAAGACUACUCUUUUCAGGAAUUACUGCCCAUGGCCAUUAUCGGGGUUAUUGGUGGUCUUCUUGGAGCCUUAUUUAAUCAGCUCACUCUUUAUAUAACUAAUUGGCGUCGAAAAGAUUUGCAUAAGAAGGGGAAUAGAGUUAAGAUCAUUGAAGUGUGCCUUAUAUCCCUGAUAACCUCAGUUAUUUCCUUUGGGUUACCACUAUUUAGAAAGUGCAGUCCAUGCCCUAAUUCAGAAGUUAAUCCUGAUAUUGAAUGCCCUCGUCCACCUGGGACAGAUGGAAAUUUCGUGAAUUUUUACUGUUCUGAUGAUAAAGAAUACAAUGAUCUGGCAACCAUUUUCUUCAAUACACAGGAUGACGCAAUACGCAAUUUAUUUAGUGCAAAAACAUUUCAUGAGUAUAGUGCUCAAAGCCUUCUCACCUUUCUGGUCAUGUUUUAUUCAUUAGCAGUGGUGACAUUUGGAACUGCUGUUCCGGCUGGUCAGUUUGUUCCUGGAAUAAUGAUUGGAUCAACCUAUGGUCGGCUUGUUGGAAUGUUUGUGGUUAAAUUUUACAAGAAACUAAAUGUUGAGGAGGGAACGUAUGCGCUACUUGGCGCUGCUUCUUUUCUUGGAGGUUCUAUGCGAAUGACAGUUUCUUUAUGCGUUAUUAUGGUUGAGAUCACAAACAACUUGAAACUCUUACCCCUUAUCAUGCUUGUUCUUCUAAUAUCAAAGGCUGUUGGUGAUUUUUUCAACAGUGGGCUGUAUGAAGAGCAAGCCCAACUAAGGGGCAUCCCCUUACUUGAAUCUAGGCCAAAACAGUACAUGCGUACUAUGACAGCAAAGGAGGCAUGCAAAAAUCAAAAGGUUGUCUACUUUUCUCGUAUUGUUAAAGUUGCAGACAUAGUUUCUAUUUUGCGAAGCAACAAGCACAAUGGUUUCCCAGUGGUAGAUCAUGGACAGAAUGGAGAGACACUUGUGAUAGGUCUAAUUCUUCGUAGUCACUUGUUGGUUCUUCUACAGUCAAAAGCAGAUUUUCAGAAUAGUCCUUUUCCUUGUGAUAUCAGAGGCAUAUCCGACAGGCACAACUUCAGUGACUUUGUGAAGCCUGUUUCAAGCAAAGGAGCGUCCAUAGAGGAAAUUCAUCUGACUGAGGAAGAACUGGAGUUGUACUUAGAUCUUGCCCCUUUUCUUAACCCUUCUCCUUAUAUUGUGCCCGAGGAUAUGACUUUGGCAAAGGUGUACAAUCUUUUCCGCCAGUUAGGAUUGAGGCAUAUAUUUGUUGUCCCUCGUGCUUCUCGCGUUAUAGGUUUAAUUACCAGAAAGGAUUUGUUAAUUGAGGAGAAUGAUAACUCAGAAUCUAUGGAGCUCCAAUCAACUGUAAGGUGCAAAAUCAAUAGGUGCCAGAGCUGCUACAAUUGCUUCAGCCGGAGCUGCUGUCGGUAUUGGAAACGUCCUCAGUUCCUCGAUUCAUUCCGUGGCGCGAAUUCUUGUAUGAUCACAACAGCUAGAUAGAAGAAUGAUGGGGAGAAAUGUACAACUAGAGCACCCUCUACUCGAUAGUCUUCUUACCCAAGAAUAAUUUGAGCAUGUUGCUCACACACUUGACCUUCUAGGUUUUGCACCGAGUCAAUGUUUCGGCCGCUGUAUACAGUAUACAUGAGUACAUUUAUGUCCAUUGGUCCUGGUAAAGUGUACAAUAGGCACAAAAUUGUAGCAAAUGGGGUCUGAGGGAACCCAUAAUUGAUGAUAUAAUGAAUAUAAGCCAGUGUAUGAAUUCGAUUUUUCUGUGUAAGCUCAGACAACAAGAAACAAAACAUUUUUUUCACAUCUCAAAUAUUGUAGAAAAUAUAUUUUAUGAAAAUUUCAAAAUCUUUGUUGGUGGUCUUGAG